CAGAAAAAUUAUUUGAAAAAAAAAAAAUCAAAGACAAACAUGUACAUCAUGAAACCUCAACUUCUCAAUAAUGUCCGGAACAAACUUCACCACAUGUGCUUACAUACACACAUAGAUACUUGUCUAUGCGUGAAUAAAAUAUAUGACUCCCUCUAAUAAUAAAAUCUAAUGAAGUAAAUAUGGGCACAACGUGACAGCAUCAAAGUCUUCUUCGUUUAAAGACGUGACCAGCCUAAUGACCCAACCCACCUUACUUCUUCCCACCCUCUAAAACCCCCUUGUGCCUUCUCCUAGUUUCCAAUCAUCAAUCCCGAAUUUCAAGCAGAGAACAUGGUAAGUUCCUUCAUUUCAUUUUAUCAAUCUGCUAAUGCCGAUGAUGUUAUGUGUUUGUGAUCAUAUAAGUUAUAUGUGUGUGUGUGUUGUGCAGGCGAAUUCAGCGUCUGGGAUGCACGUAAGCGAUGAGUGCAAGCUCAAGUUCUUGGAGUUAAAAGCAAAGAGGAACUAUAGGUUUAUUGUGUUCAAAAUUGAUGAGAAGGCUCAGCAAGUUAUGAUAGACAUGGUUGGGAAUCCAGAAGAAACUUACGACGACUUCACCAAAUGUAUGCCUGAGAACGAGUGCCGAUAUGCUGUCUAUGACUUCGAUUUCACCACUCCUGAGAACUGCCAGAAGAGCAAGAUCUUUUUCAUCGCAUGGUCACCUGAUACAUCAAGAGUGCGGAGUAAGAUGUUGUAUGCAAGCUCAAAGGACAGAUUCAAGAGGGAAUUGGAUGGGAUUCAGGUUGAAUUGCAAGCAACAGAUCCUAGCGAGAUGAGCCUCGACAUCAUCAAAGGACGAGUCAAUCUCUAA